UGUAUAUAUACAUUAUAUAUAUACCUUACAUAGUUUAACAUAGGUGCUUAGCAGCAGAUUGAGGGUACGCUAGAAGAAAGGAAGGAUGUACGAUAAGAGCUCAGUACAGCUCCCUCUGUACACUCUGCACACAGACACGAAGCCGAAGUUGAUACCACGUUGCAGCGAUGCUGGAUCGGCAUGACGAGUGAGCUUCUCUCACCUCUUGUUUGAUUUGCUCCAGCUUGCAUCUGGCCACAUUUCGUGAACCGAUUGUUUCUCUCCGUGCAACAGUCAGAGGCAGGGCAAUGAAGGUGAAUAAAAGCUAAGUAAGCAGCAUGAGCAACAGCAACAGCAGCAGCAGCAGGGCCCCGAUUGUGAGGAAUGCAGAUUUUAAUGCCGUUUUAAUGCGAAUAGACACUUAAGUAACAAUAUUUAAAUUAUUUAAUGCCUGUGGCGUGAACGAGCAUAUUGUAACAAAAAGCGAAAGGAUGAAGAUGAAGGGCAUGAAAGCGUGAAUCGUGAACGUGCAAACCAGCGAGUGAUAGUUGUGCAGUGCGUGCGUGCCGUCAGAGGUUUGAGGGAAAGCUAUAUUUGUAUAAAGUGUAUUGAGCAAUAACAGAGAGAUAGAGCCCGUAAGAUCGAGUGAGAGAGAGUGAUUGAUGAGGGUGGUUCCGGCAUAUUUUGCAUGCUUGUUCUGGUGUUACAUUACGCUAGAUUUCCACGCGUUUGCGAUCUGCGAUCCUUAGCUGUAGGGUGUGAAAGCAUAAAGAGUCACGCUCUGGACUGUGUGAGCGUAGAGGACAUCGGCAAAAGGACAUUAGCAAACUUACCAAUCACAUCGCGGUGGCGGUCAUUAAUUUUGUUUGUUUUUUGUUCCAGCAAAAGCAACAUUAUUUUGCCGCCUAAUCACUGGUUUAUUGACUGAUUUGACUGAUAUUCAUUUGCCCAUAAAUGAUGCUUUAAACCGUUACACCAGUUUCGUUCAUGCUAAUCCUCGAGCAUCAGUAAAAAAACACACAAUAACGUUGCUCUUUUAGAACGAGUUCCACCUAUUCGGACGUUCUGCAAUUGCCAGGAUGCGUUGGUGGAACUACGUAAAUUACGAAGGACAGAGGAUAGGGCCUCAUCUUCUGUCGGAUGUGUAAAGACUGGGCUUUAAGUGUUUUCCUCCUCCUUGUUUUUCUCUCGAGUACUGAUUACGUUUGUAGUUAAACACGAAGCGUGUACAAAAACAAAACUGGAUAAACGAGAAACUGGCGGAACCAAGGGAAGAUGAACAAACAACAAAAGGGAGGAUACAUAAAAUCAGCACAACAACAACGCAAACCACUGCUUCAACUAUGUUGUAAUGCGUUUAGUUAAUUCUUUUCUUUUUAAAACAAACACUAAUGUAUAAUGCCGUGAGGGACGAGGAAAGCACACCAACGCGCUCGGCAAGCAUCGUGCGUGCGUGCGUGCUUAAAGGGACGAGCGUUUGUUUUGCGGAAGGCGAAAGCGAGGAAAUAGGGCGCGCUCGUGUGAUUUGAGUAUAUAUGCGUGCGUGUGCUUCACGGGAUUCGUGAAGAAAGAUAGAAAGAGCGUGAAGCUGACGACGAAUGAUUGGAUUGAUUGUUCAAUAUACCCCUGUAAAUAUAGAUUGAUAAUGAUUAUUAUUUGUUAUUCCUUUAUUGAUAAAUAAACAUUAAAUUUUUAA